AUGACCGCACCAGUGAAGCUCCAUCUCCGAGCCGAGACCAAGCCUCUCGAGCACCGAUCUGCUCUCACGCCUACUACCACCCGAAAGCUGCUUGAUGCUGGAUUCGAGGUCUUUGUGGAGAAGUCUCCCCUUCGAAUCUUCGACGACCAGGAGUUUGUCGAUGUCGGAGCCACUCUUGUCGAGGAGGGCUCUUGGGUCUCUGCCCCCGAGGACCGAAUGAUUAUUGGUCUUAAGGAGCUGCCUGAGGAAUCUUUCCCUCUGUCUCACGAGCACAUCCAGUUUGCUCACUGCUACAAGGAUCAGGGCGGAUGGAAGGACGUUCUGAGCCGAUUCCCCGCAGGAAACGGAACUCUGUACGACCUUGAGUUCCUGGAGGAUGACAAUGGACGACGAGUUGCCGCCUUUGGCUUCCACGCUGGAUUCGCCGGUGCCGCCAUCGGUGUCGAGACUUGGGCCUUCCAGCAGACCCACCCCGACAGCGAAAACCUGCCCGGUGUCUCUGCCUAUCCCAAUGAGACCGAGCUUGUCGACAAGAUUAAGAAGGAUCUUGCCGCUGCUGUUGAGAAGGGCUCCAAGCUCCCUACCGUCCUGGUGAUUGGUGCUCUUGGCCGAUGUGGAUCCGGUGCCAUUGAUCUGGCCCGAAAGGUCGGUAUCCCCGAAGAGAACAUCAUUCGAUGGGACAUGAACGAGACCAAGAAGGGUGGACCCUUCCAAGAGAUUGCUGACGCGGAUAUCUUCAUCAACUGCAUCUACCUGUCUCAGCCCAUUCCUCCUUUCAUCAACUACGAUCUGCUCAACAAGGAGACCCGAAAGCUCAGUGUCAUUGUCGACGUCUCUGCUGACACCACCAACCCCCACAACCCUGUCCCCGUGUACACAAUUGCUACCACGUUCGACCAUCCCACCGUGCCUGUUGAGACCACUGCUGGCCCCAAGCUGUCCGUGUGCUCGAUCGACCACCUGCCCUCUCUUCUGCCGCGAGAGGCUUCCGAGGCCUUUUCUGAGGCUCUGCUGCCUUCUCUCCUGCAGCUUCCUCAGCGAGACACUGCUCCUGUCUGGACCCGAGCUAAGGCUCUGUUCGACAAACACGUUCUGCGAAUUGGCGAGUAA